AUGGGUAGACGAUUCGGUUUUUUAAUCGCAAUAGCGAUCCUGGCCACGGUACCUAAAAUCAAUUCUCUAGAAAACAUUACCGCUGUUAAGCUGAAAAAGUUUAUAAACUGCGAGGAUAAGUCUUACGAAUCGAGGAAAGGAAUUUAUCAGGACUACUGGGUGCUGGAGAACUAUAUAAUGGCGGGUCACGGAAAGCUUUCGUGCUAUGCAAAUGUAACCUACUCCAGCCAUGCGGACUACUCGUAUCUGGAUAAUGUGGUGCCCCUCCUGGAGCGCUGGCGAUCGCCCCUGAGCCUGGCCAUCUAUGCGCCUGGGACGGAUUUUGAACGCACUCUGGACAGCAUUUUGUAUCUGCUGCAGUGCCAUCCCGGCAGGCACUUGGUUAGCGAGCUGACCAGCUUCCAUCUGUAUUUCGACGUGGAGCAUCUGCCCCAGGUGGUGCUCUCGCCCAAAGCGGCUUUAGGGAUGAAGGCCAACUGCAGCGGUCCACCGCCCUAUGAGAAUGUGGCCAGAAAGGAUCUGUACAGGACUCGGCAGGGACUCUAUUAUCCGGUGAACAUGGGUCGCAACAUAGCGCGCAAAGCUUCGCUGACGCACUACGUCCUGGCCUCGGAUAUCGAACUCUAUCCCACGCCCGGAUUGGUGCCAGAUUAUUUGAAUUUUCUGGGUCGUCUUGUUAUUGGAAGGCCAGGUCAGCUGCCCACAUCGCCGGUGGUCCAUGUGCUGCGAAUUUUCGAGGUGAUGGCCAACGUUUCAGUGCCAAACACCAAAAUGGAGUUGCAAAAACUUCUGAAAUCCGGCGAAGCCGUUCCAUUUCACAUGGAAAUCUGCGCAGUUUGCCACCGAGGACCGAAGCUGGAGGAAUGGAUAAAUGCCACCGUGGUCUCCGAGGGCCUUAAUGUCUUCAAUGUGGGCCACCGCUCGCAGCCCGACAACAUGUGGGAGCCGAUCUUCAUAGGCACCGUCGAGGAUCCGCCGUACGACGAGCGGCUGACCUGGGAAGGUCAGCGUGACAAAAUGACGCAGGCCUACGCCAUGUGCGUUCUGGACUACGAGUUUCACAUCCUGGACAAUGCCUUUUUAGUUCACAAGCCGGGCAUCAAGCAACCCGCCAAAAGCAAAUCAGUCCUCACACAUUCAAGCCGCCGCACCAAUGGACUCAUCAAUAAAAAGAUAUCCAAAGAGAUGCGGAUUAAGUACGGUUCUCGAAAUGGCUGUGUCCUUUAGAAUAGAGUUUAUGUGGCAAUUAUGUGGCAUUACAAAUUCUUCGUUAA